CUUCAAGGCCUCCUAGAGCGGCUUCCGAUCCUACCGGAAGUGGCGGACGGAGGCCGGUGCAUCCCGCGACUGUGGAGGGCGAGGUGACCCCGGCGCCGCCGCCACCAUGGGCCGUGCGUUUGGGAACCUGACGCGGGUACGGCAUGUGAUCACCUACAGCAUUUCGCCCUUCGAGCAGCGUGCCUUCCCGCACUACUUCACCAAGGGCAUCCCCAACGUGCUGCGCCGCAUCCAGGCGUCCAUCCUUCGCUCCGCGCCGCCAUUUGUAGCAUUUUAUCUUCUCUACACAUGGGGAACCCAGGAGUUUGAAAAAUCCAAGAGGAAGGAUCCAGCUGUCUAUGAAAAUGACCAAUGAGCAACUCAUCUGGAGAAUGGUUCCCUGUCUGAAAGACCCUUCUCUGGAAGAGGAUUCUACAUUGUAGUGUCUUGAAGACACAAUAAACUUCUUAUGGGCUGCACUGUU